AUGUUAAGACCACUACAGCACCCAAUUAUCGCGUCCCGACGGAUCGUAUCAAACGCCUGCAGAGUAUCCGCCACAUACGCCCAAUCUUCCACAUUAACUUACGGCGGGCAAUCGCGAUAUAUCCACCAAUCUGCUCGAGGGAGUGGAUUAAUCAACGCAAGAUUACCGCGAAGCAACAUCACCAUUAAAAAAGGAGCGAAACAAAACAUGACAGCACCAAUCAAGCAGCAUAGCACUACCACUGCAUCAACUGAGCCAGCAGUACACGAUGUUUUCGACACCACAUCUGGAACAUGGCAAUAUAUCGUCGCGGAUCCCUCCACAUCAACUGCUGUCAUCAUCGACCCAGUCUUGAACUUCGAUCCCGCUACCCAGGCUAUAACGACCAAGUCAGCCGAUGCUCUCCUUGCUCUUGUCAAAGACAAGAAUUACAAGAUCGACAAGAUCUUAGAGACGCAUGCUCAUGCAGAUCAUCUGAGUGCCGCAUCGUAUUUGCAAAGUCGUCUGCUGCAAAGUCAAGAUCACAAGCCGCCCAUUUGCAUUGGAAAGCGCAUCGAACAAGUGCAAAAGCUGUUCAGUCAGCGAUAUGGGGUUCCGAAAAGUGAAUACAAGCAGGUCUUUGAUAGACUCCUCGACGAUGACGAGACCUUCACUAUUGGAAACAUCACCGCAAAGGCUAUCCAUCUACCAGGCCAUACGCCGGAUCAUCUCGGAUACAUGAUUGGAGACAACGUAUUCUGUGGCGAUUCUCUCUUCCAUGCAGACAUCGGCACUGCAAGAUGCGACUUCCCCGGCGGCGAUGCCAAAGAUCUCUUCCAAUCAGGUCGCAAGCUACUCAGUCUUCCCGGACAUGUGAAGAUUUGGACAGGUCAUGACUAUCCCCCAGCAGGUCGGGAACCUAUGCCAUGGCUGAGUGUUCAGGAUCACAGGGAGCUAAAUAAACAUCUCAAGGAUGGUGUUAACGAAGAUACGUUCGUGGCUCUGCGUCAAGAGCGUGACGCAGGACUAGCAGCCCCGAGGCUGCUUCAUCAGUCUUUGCAGAUCAAUAUCCGUGCUGGAAGGCUUCCUGCCCCGACGGAGGCCGGACAGAGACUGCUGCAUGUUCCUUUGAAGAUUGAGGAUGCAUGGUAG